UCAAAUUUCCACCACUGGUAUGUAUGUAUGAACUGGGUUUAGCUGAAAAAGCUUCCUUUCCUUCUCUUUCUUUCAGAUUGCUCAAUCCAUCCAUGUAGUCUUGCUUUAGCAAUGUCCAUCGCUUAUUACUUCUUCAUUAACUAGCUUUACUGAUUACUCUCAAUAGUGUGGAGAAUUUUGAGAGAAAAUGACCACCACUACUAAGACGAGGGAACUUGACCAAACACCCACAUGGGCCGUCGCUGGUGUCUGCGCGAUCAUCAUCAUUAUCUCAAUUGCUCUCGAGAAGGGCCUUCAUAAACUCGGAACAUGGUUUACUGAAAGGCACAAGAAAGCAUUGUUUGAAACUCUUGACAAGGUUAAAACAGAGUUGAUGGUGCUUGGUUUCAUAUCAUUGCUCCUGACAUUUGGCCAAGCUUACAUCGCCGGAAUCUGCAUCCCAAUAAAGGUGGCCAAUACUAUGUUGCCUUGUCCAGUGUCUACAAGUGAAGCCAGUGAAGAAAGUUCAAGACGACGCCUUUUGUGGCAUCGGAUGUUAGCUGGAACCACUACUAAAGCUUGUUUGGAUGGAAAGGUACCACUUAUAACUAUAAGUGGACUUCAUCAAUUGCACAUACUCAUAUUCUUCUUGGCACUAUUUCAUGUUAUAUACAGCGCAGUUACAGUUGGAGUUGCAAGACUCAGGAUCCGUAGUUGGAAACAUUGGGAAUCGGAAACUACAUCCCCCGACUUUGAAUUUUCCACCGAUCCUUCAAGAUUCAGGCUUACCCACGAGACAUCAUUUGUUCGAGCUCAUACUAAUUUCUGUAGUCGGAGUCCAUUCUUCUUCUAUAUUGGAUGCUUCUUUCAACAAUUUUUCAGAUCAGUGACUAAGUCUGACUAUUUAACGUUGCGAAAUGGUUUCAUAAGUGUUCAUAUGGGUCCAGGAAGUAAAUUUAACUUCCAAAAGUAUAUCCAAAGGUCAUUGGAGGAUGAUUUCAAAAAAGUUGUAGGAGUAAGUCCUGUCUUGUGGGCGUCAUUUGUGAUCUUCUUGCUUCUGAAUAUUAAUGGAUGGCAAAUAUUGUUUUGGGGAUCAUUGAUUCCUGUUGUGAUAAUCUUGGCGGUUGGAACAGAGCUUCAAGCUAUUAUGACAAAAAUGGCUAUGGAAAUCACCCAAAGACACGCAGUUGUGCAAGGAAUUCCUCUCGUGCAGGCAUCGGAUAAGCACUUUUGGUUUGGACGGCCACAAUUAGUUCAUCAUCUUAUCCAUUUUUCACUUUUUCAGAAUGCAUUCCAGAUUACUUAUUUCUUGUGGAUAUGGUAUUCGUUUGGGAUGAAAAAUUGCUUCCAUGCUGAUUACAAAUUAGUGGUUAUGAAAAUUGUUAUAGGGGUGGCUCUCCUACUCCUUUGCAGCUAUAUUACUCUUCCCCAAUACGCCCUUAUAACUCAAAUGGGUUCUCAUAUGAAGAAGUCAAUUUUCGAUGAACAAACUUCAAAGGCGCUUAAGAAGUGGCAUCAGACAGUUAAACAGAAGGUUAAAACUGCAAAGUCUCCUGCAAGAACAAGCAUAGCCGAAUCCAUGACCUCUGCUGUGCAUUCUACUAAAGGGGGUAGUGUCCAACGGGUCAAGACAACAGAUCACUCGACCCGUUCCUCGCACGAUGGGCAUGAUCGAGUGUAUGAUAGGGAGGGGGGCUCACUGACGUCGUUGCCAGAUGGAACUUUCGAAUUGAACCUCAAAAUUGAGAAUGACGACAACGACAACGCCAAGACUGUUGAUAGAAAGGAGGAGGAGGAUGACAUAAACGAGAAUAACUUCUCUUUCAGAAGGUCUAUUUCAAUGCGAUGAGAUAAAUUCAAUCUUGGUUUCAUCUUUUGGGACAAAUUUGUGAAUGUUAAUGCUUAUGAGUGUUGUUUGGUCAAUGAAUGCCUACAAAUUUCCAGCCAAAAGCAAAGCCAUGCAAAGAUUUAUUAGAAGGGUAUGUAAUAAAUUUGUGGUUUGGUUUUAGGGUUUUCUUUUUAAUUUUAUUUUAUGGAGAAAAUAUUGUUUUACCAAAAAAUGAAUUCUUUGGGACCUUUGGGUUGUUAAAUAAUUAAAAUAUAUUUAAUAUUUAAAUUGUAUUUGUUAUUCUAAUCAAUAUUUUUAAUGUU